AAACAGUACGCGACUUGCUACAGCCGCGUACGCACGCGCAUUGGGCUUUUUGAAAUGGACCUGUGUAAAUUUUUAUUUUUUUCACUGCUACUAGUAUUAGUGGCUGGUCAGGAACAGAAACCCAUAGUUCGUAUUCAUCAUGGUUUGCUGCAGGGAGCAUGGAAGGAGUCAACUAAUGGUAGAAGAUAUGCCAGCUUCCAAGGCAUACGAUAUGCCAGGCCGCCGAUCGGAAAGUAUAGGUUUAGGGAACCUCAGCAUCUAAAAUCCUGGGAUGGAACGUGGGAUGCCUCCAAACCUAUGCCCGCUUGUAUCCAGUAUGACCCCUUCAACAACACCGUCACUGGUUCCGAGGACUGUCUCUUCCUCAACGUUCACACCCCGGACCUCAACCCUGGUUCCUUAUUGCCAGUAUUGGUGUUUAUCCACGGCGGUGCGUUCAUGUAUGGUGCUGGGUCCUACUAUGGUGCAGAGCAUUUAAUGGAUCGUGACAUGGUUCUCGUCACUUUAAACUACCGCUUGGGACCUCUAGGAUUUCUUAGUACGGGAGAUGAAGCAGCUCCGGGAAACGCAGGGCUUAAGGAUCAGGCCUUUGCUCUCAUGUGGGUCAGGAAGAACAUAUUAAAGUUCGGUGGCAACCCUGAUAGUGUUACACUGGCUGGCUGCUCUGCGGGAGGCGCCAGUGUACACUAUCACUACUUGUCGCCAAUGUCAAAAGGUUUAUUCGAUCGGGGCAUUGCCUUCAGUGGUUCAGCUCUAGCGUCUUGGACACACGCUGUUAAACCGGCUCAGAAGGCGAAGACUCUGGCUUCAAUAGUAGGCUGCCCCACAUCUAACAAUCACAACAUGAUAGACUGUCUGAGGUUUAGACCAGCUGAAGCUAUUGUUAAUGCCCAGAUCGAAAUGUUUGAUUGGAGGGUGAACCUAUUCACCAUGUUCACACCAACGGCCGAGCCUCGAGGUACUAAAGAGCCGUUUUUGACUCAAUACCCCUACCACGCCAUGGAAGUUGGCGCAAUGCAACAACUACCUCUCAUCGCAACCGUUACAAGUGAAGAGGGACUAUAUCCCGCGGCAGCUUACCAAACGGAUCCCAGCCUCCUAAUGGAGUUGGAAUCCAGAUGGGAACACCUCGCCAGUAACAUAUUUGAAUACAAUGAUACCCUACCCUUGGACAAAAGAAGCGAAGUGGCUCAAAAGAUUAAACAGUAUUACAUGGACGGAAAACCAAUCGGACAGGAGACUUAUUCUAAAUUGGUGCAGGCCCUAGGCGAUCGUCUGUUUGCUGUGAGUGUUGGCAAGAUGGCGCAGUUCCACGCUCGCUCUGGUCAACCAACCCUUAUGUACCGCUUCUCACACCGAGGCACACACAGCCUGUCUGAACUCAUGGCGUUCAAAGAAGAGAAUUAUGGGGUCAGCCACGCAGACGACGUACUAUCUGUCUUCAACUUCUUGCCCUUCACCGACUUCUCAGCUGAAGACAUCGAGAUGAGGAACACCAUUAUUGAUCUGAUCUACAGUUACGCUAAAACUGGAAUUCCACAAUUACCAAACAGUCAAGAGUGGACUAAAGUACAACCCGGAUCCAAGGAUUUGAACUACCUGGAAAUAGAGAGCCCGAGUAGUAUGAAAAUGAAAUCGUGUUCAGACUUUGGACAUAAAACCUUCUGGGACAGCCUCGGUUUUAUAGAAGACCAAAAUUUUAAUAUAAAUAUAAGAGAUGAAUUGUAACAAAAUAUCUCAACAAGAUUUGAUUUUUCCUGUUUUCACAACUACAAUAUGAAUUUUAGCUAUUAGGCAACUUACUAUGUCACGCUUUCAGUGCGAAUGAAGCCACAGCAAUUAAAAAAAACUUACUAUGACAAUUUAUAAUAUACAUCGAAAGUAUAUUCAAAAAAGAGGGUUAAUUUUAUUAUAGACUUACUUACAUCUGUUUUGGUUAUUAGAAAAUCAACAAACCUCCAUUUACAUUUAAGAUGAAUAUGUACUUUAUUUUUAAUUUCAAUAAAAGUUAUGAAAAUUUACUCCAAUAGCAGUGACAUUUGUUAACAGCUAAAACUUCUUACUUUCCGAGUUAAAAAGUCCAAAGUACAUGGACGAACACGUUACGAAACUUACUAACCUUGUUUACUUCAAAACCAAGUACGGUCAUUGUGUCGUACGUCAAGAAUAUCGUAUCUUUUGAUGUUUACCUGAGCCUAUUUUUUUUUUAUAAAUUAUAUUAAAUCCAUAUGUAUUA